GCCGCCGAACUCCCCAACGCCGCCGCCGCCGUCAGCCGCAAAUUGUAGCGUAUCCUCCCCCCUUCUUCUCACCCCAGUCGGGCGCGGCGCUGACGAAGCUCGAGCGGGGAUGAAGGCCGGGAGGAAGAACCUGCAGCGCGCGUGCCAGGACGGCUCCGCCGUCACGCUCGCGGAGGGCGAGAGCAUCAUGCAGGUCGUCACGCUGCGCGGCUCCAAUCUCAUCGAGGUCACGGACGGCGAGGGCGUCAAGUCCCUGGCCCUGUUCCCGGCCAAGUUCCAGAAGAGCUUCUGGAUCAAGAACGGGAAUUUCGUGGUUGUGGAUGCUAGUGGGAGGGACGAGGCUCUCGAGUCAGGAAGCAAGAUAGGGUGCGUCGUGUCGCGGGUCCUCUUUCAUGAACAAGUUCGUGCUCUCGAAAAAUCCGGUGAAUGGUGAGUUACUGGU